UCAACGGCAACCUCAUGGGCUAAGCCUCAUGGUAUUACGAGUAUUGGGAAAUCAUAGUUAGACUUGAAUAAUUCUCAACGACAACAAGAAGAAUCAAAAUGUAGUAUAACUAUAUAUAUGGUAGUUAAAUGCUCUUUCACAGAGCCAACAAGUUUCUCGAAACCAUCAACCGCCUUCAAGUCCUCCAGACAAGGCAAUCAAUCAAGUAUUCAAUUCAACUCAUACUUACACAGGGCUUUUCAAAAUGAAGUCCGCAAGUCUACUGUUGUGCUUUUUUACCUGCUCAAGUUUCGUCGCUGGGCUGCCACACGCAGGAAACAAAAUUCAUGUUGCUCAACCAGCAAAACGAAGCAACAGCUCAGAUCCAGGAUCUAUACUGCAGUUAAGUUCCGACGAGGACUUCCACUUCGAGCUUCUCCGCCCUCUAGGCCUUAUACCUUAUGAAGGCGCGGAUGUGGGCGAAGUGUUAGUUGCCGCAGACCACAUCGUAGCGGGAGACUUUGACAGCUGGUACAAUGCCUUCAUCGCCCUCGCAGACAGAGUGCACGACCAAGCGAGCGCGAUCGAUUCCACUCGGUAUCCCGUUUCGGCGAGAAAUGCCUUGUUCCGAGAAGCGACCUACUACCGCUCAGCCGACUUCUUCCUGCACGGCAACUGGAACGACUCCAGAAUUAACACUCUAUGGGACAAGCAGCUUACGGCCUUCCAUAAGGCAAUCUCACUACUACCAAACCCCGCCGAGCGCGUCACCCUCCAAGCCAACGGCUUCCAGAUCCCGGCUUACUUCUUCAGCAGCGGACAGCCGGGCCCCCGCCCGACGCUUCUCCUGUGCAACGGGUUCGACGGCUCGCAGGAGGAACUGUACCACGUGAUUGGCGCAGCGGCUCUCCAGCGCGGCAUUAACGUGAUCUCGUUUGAGGGCCCCGGCCAGCCGACGGUGCGUCGCGAGCAGAACAUCGGGUUCAUCCCGGAGUGGGAGGAAGUCGUGACGCCCGUGGUCGGCUACGUGCUAUCGCGCGGAGAUGUCGACGCCGAGAAGAUCGGGCUGUUCGGCCUCUCGUUCGGCGGAUACCUGGCACCGCGCGCGGCGGCGUUCGAGCACCGGAUCGCGGCGGUGAUCGCGUUCGACGGGCUGUACUCGUUCGGGCAGGCCAUGUUCACGCAGUUCGGGCCGCAGCUGGAGGCGCUGUACCGGGCGGGCAACGCGACCAGGUUCGACGCCGCGGUCCGGGGCUUCCUGGCGCGGCGGACGGGGGUGCCGACGUCCGCGCGCUGGGGCAUCUAGCAGGGGCUGUGGGCGUUCAAGGAGACGAGCCCGUACGCCUGGGCCGCCGAGGUCGACAGGUACACGCUCGGCGAGGACGUCCUGGCCAACAUCAAGGCCCGCGUGUUCGUCGCCGACGCCGAGAGCGACAUGUUUUUCAAGGGCCAGGCCAGGAUGCUCGCGGACAAGCUGGGAGACCGCGCCAC